UAUGUUUUCCAUGACUAAUUUUAUGUCAGUGUUUACAAAAUGGCUGCAUCUGACCAAGAACAUGUGCCUGUUACUGUCCAAGGUUUCACUGUUGUUCCCUUGAAGUUCAGUGAAGACAAACCUGCCCACUGCCUCUAUCUGAAGGAACACAGUGUCAGAGAGAAUGAUUCAUCACAUCCACGGAAUAGAACUCUUUUUGUGCUCAAUGUGCCACCCUACUGCAAUGAGGACUGUGUGAAGCAGCUGUUUACACCUUGUGGGAAGAUAGUGCAAGUGUACCUACAUGACAAGCCCACAUCAGCAGCUCCCCCUAGUGGUGGUUCUCGGUACUUCCCUGUUGGCCUCACUACCCCAGGAUUCAAAGUAGCCUACAUUGUGUUCAAGAAUGCCUUAGCAGUCAAGCAUGCCUGCAAACUGUCCUAUGAGACACCUUUAGUUCUCAACUCACCAGAAAAAACAAUCAGCAGUACUGGACUUCACAAAUGGUGCAGACAGUACGCAGCAAGGAGGGUGGACGUCAAGGAACUACAGGCAGAAAUAGAAGACUACAUGGCCAAGUUUGAUACCAAACAAGAGGAGGAAACACAACGUCUGAAAGACCAGGAGGGGGUUGCUGAUGAGGAGGGCUGGGUCACUGUGACCCGAGUUGGCAAGAACAAAGGUACCCCACGUACAGAGGCCCGCAAGAAGCAUCUCACAAAGAGGGAGACGAAGAGAAGGAAAGAGAAGGAGCUGCUGAAUUUCUAUGCCUUUCAGUUCAAAGAGACAAAGAAAGACCAGAUUGCUACUUUGAGGAAGAAAUUUGAAGAGGACAAACAGAAAAUAUCUGUGAUGAAAGCUGCAAGAAAAUUCAAACCCUACUAGUGUAUAGUGUUUGUAAAUAAUGUUCAUAAAAUGAAAAGCAUCUUAUUACUAGA